AUGCAAUCUGAUUUUUGCUUUGAAGCUGAUCAAAGACAGGAGAAUCUUACAAAUGGACAGCGUCCAGUUGGGGAGAUGAGAAUGGUUGUUGACCAGGGUGUUUCAUGUAAGCUGGAAGCAGAGAUCUCUGAGUUCAAUUCUGUUGAGGAAGUCAGAAACACCUCCAGCUUGCCAGACGUAAGAGAUGCAGGAGUCCCAAUAUGGCUGACCAAGAUGGUGGGAAUUCUGACGAAUUACAAGAAGAAGAUGGAGACAUUCUUGAAGUUACAAGAUAUAGACUCUGCCAAUGACCUGCUCUCAGAUCUUGACCCCAAGGUUAGUGACCAGAAAGCUGUAACACAGAAAUUGGCUGAAGACAUGACCCUUACAGUUGAAAAGUUCCUAUCUGGUAAGAUCUUCACAUAA